UUUCGUUCGGUUCGUUUCGACUGUAUUUUUCGCAAGUUUAUCCAUCAUGUCUGGACGCGGUAAAGGGGGCAAAGCUAAGGGAAAGGCGAAGUCCCGUUCUAACAGAGCUGGUCUUCAAUUCCCUGUCGGUCGUAUCCAUCGUCUGCUCCGCAAAGGAAAUUAUGCCGAGCGCGUUGGAGCCGGUGCUCCCGUUUACUUGGCAGCGGUGAUGGAAUAUCUGGCCGCUGAAGUGUUGGAGCUGGCAGGAAACGCUGCCCGUGACAAUAAGAAGACUAGAAUUAUCCCGAGACACUUGCAGUUGGCCAUCAGAAAUGACGAGGAAUUGAACAAGCUUCUCUCCGGAGUUACCAUCGCACAGGGCGGCGUACUGCCCAAUAUCCAGGCUGUUCUUUUACCAAAAAAAACCGAGAAGAAAGCUUAACUACACAAUAGUACAACAUUAUCAUAAAUGGCCCUUUUCAGGGCCAC